GUGAUACCGGAUAUGGUGGGAGUGAGACGUCUCACCAAGACAUUAUUGUCAAACUAUCUCCGCUGUAGCUGUAAACAGGACCGCAAGUUACUCAGGAACGUCAUUUUUAACAGGCCGUUUUAGCUGCUUAUUGAGAGUAACACCGCUCGCUGUGAAGGAGCAAUGGAAGAAGAUAUACUAACGACGCUGAAAAUAUUGAUAAUAGGAGAGAGCGGUGUUGGGAAGUCCAGCCUCCUCUUGAGAUUCACAGAUGACACAUUUGACCCUGAACAAACAGCAACAAUAGGUGUUGACUUCAAGGUGAAGACCAUUAACGUGGAUGGGAACAAGGCAAAACUGGCAAUAUGGGACACGGCAGGACAGGAGCGCUUCCGAACUCUGACGCCCAGCUACUACCGUGGUGCCCAGGGAGUCAUCCUGGUGUAUGAUGUCACACGUCGGGAAACCUUUACCAAGCUCGAAAACUGGCUCAACGAGCUGGAGACGUACUGUACGAGGAACGACCUCGUGAAAAUGCUAGUGGGGAAUAAAAUCGAUAGGGAAAACCACAAGCUAGACAGGGCAGAAGGGCUGAAGUUUGCAAGAAAACAUUCCAUGCUUUUUAUAGAGGCGAGUGCUAAGACCAGGGAUGGUGUUCAGUGUGCGUUCGAGGAGCUGGUGGAGAAGAUCAUCCAGACUCCUGGCUUGUGGCAGAGUGAGAGCCACGGCCGAGGAGUCCAGCUGACCGACGAAGACGCAGGAGGUGGCACCUGCGGUGGCUACUGCUCCCUGGUCUAGACGACACACAUGCAUAAACACUUUCGCGCACACAUGUUCAAACACACACACGUGAAUACCACACACAGUGUCACACAAAUGCAAGCAUAGACACAAACAUAUCGCCCCCCCACCCCCCCACUGUGUGCUAUCCUGAGCUGAGCUCCCUCCUCAGACAUGAAGGCCGUGGAGGUCCGACAGUCUUCCCUCCGCUGACCGUCCACACACAGACACUACUAUUUGCACACUUUAUAAUAACAACGCUGCGCUAAAUGCAAAAUGCAGCUCAGCCUUCCUCUUAAUGGAAUUCGAGUGAGUUUUUCCCUCCUCUUGUUUUGUUUUGAGUUACAGUUUUGUGCAGUUUCAGAACCUUGGUUAAAAUAUUAACCAUUCUCACUUCAUAUAUAUAUAUCAUAGAAAAAUGAGUGAAAAUGGGUUAAAAAGUAUAAACCAAAGUUAGUCAGACAUAUGGCAAAAUUUCUGAAGUAUGAAAGUGAGAGUGGAAAACCAGUUUUGACCGAGGCUCCUCUCUACUCUUCAGCAUGCUUAUCGUCCUCGCACCUUGCCUUAGCGAGCACAUCUGUAACAAUGCAGGGCCGACUUUUUCUCUCGUCUUUGUUUUUCCUCUGCUCUGUCCUGCUGCUUGAUCCUGAUCAGACUCUCUCAACAUCACGCUGCUUACGGAGAAGCUUAUCAAGCCAAGUCAUCUCGUACUCCAUCUCACCAGUCUCAGUCAUAGGUUUGGAUCAUGUGUCUCUGUUGUCCACACAACUGCCUCAUUUCUCCAGAAUAUAAUAGAGUUACCAAGUGUCUGGAACUGUUGUUUUACUACUUUUAUUGACUUGGACUUCAAACCUUUGGUGUGUUUUGAAUAGUGCAUAAAUCAAAGAGAUUGGCACCAGCAAGCUUUCCACUGGGUGCACGAAGAAGAGGGAACCUCUUAAAAUUGCACGCCUUUGUUGUAACGAGUCGCUUUAAUGGAGUGCGACUUACUGGCACUCCCUCACUCAGACAGAUAAUAUUGGUAAUAUCACUAGCACUGCUAUGGUUUUUCAUAUACAUCCCUUUGACUGGACCAAGACAAAGGAAAAGUGUUCAAUAUUAGACAGGGCAGUGAGUCAUGAGGGUGUUUCCACUGAAUUUGGAAAAUCAAAGGGAAAGCUGUGUGCUCCAAAUUGCUAAUGGAUUUCACAGUACUCCCUAUCCCUGUGUAUGUAUCCGAGAAGCCGUUAUACAUGUACUGUACCCCUGACCUCUGGCCAUGUUUGUAGUAUUCGAGUGCUGGGAAAUGUAGUUCUGAGAGUUUGAUCUUGUACCAGGGACGGUGAGAAUGACAUGGUCUCAAGUAUAUAUAUUAUUAUUAUUUUUUUUUUAAAUCUCUUUUUAAUUGCAUGAAAAACUGCGUGCCAUUCUUUGUUGUUUGUCCAGUGACAGCCCUCGCACGCUGAUCACUAAAACUAUUUUAACUUAUAUUUAGCUAAAAAAUAAAACAGUGCUGACAGACAGUUCCUCUUGGGAUAAUAAAACAAAGUAGGCUUUUACUUAUUAAACUGGUAUAGCUGUCUUUUUUUGUGUUCAGAAAUAUGUUGAAACAUGUAUACCUUGUAAAUUGUGUGUAUUUUAGGAAUUUGGUGGGAUAAUUCCUGUAUGAAUUGUAAAGCUGAAUGUAUACAUAUUUCACUAUGAACCGCCCUCUGUAUUAAACUAAAUAAAAUUCUUUUUUAAGUGAA